AUGGGUGCCCCCAAACGCCUCGGCAAGUACGAGCUAGGUCGCACACUCGGUACUGGCAACUUCUCCAAGGUCAAGAUCGCGCGUGACACGGAGACUGGUAAGGAAUGGGCCAUCAAGGUGAUUGACAAGGAGCAGCUCGUGCGGGAGCGCAUGGAGGAGCAGCUGAAGCGCGAGAUCGCCGUCAUGAAGAUGCUACGCCAGCCAAACAUUAUUGAGCUGCACGAGGUGAUGCAGACGAGCCACCACAUAUACCUGGUGCUAGAGCUCGUAACGGGCGGUGAGCUGUUCGAGAAGAUCGCCAGCGCGAAGCGCUUCGAUGAGCCGACGGCGCGGUACUACUUCCACCAGCUCAUCUGUGGCAUCAACUACUGCCACCGCCAGGGCAUUGCUCACCGUGACUUGAAGCCAGAGAACCUGCUGCUAGAUGCGAACGACACGCUGAAAAUUUCCGACUUUGGUCUGAGCAACCUGCAGCGCUCGAGCGUGAGCGGCGGCACAAUGCUGCAGACGGUGUGCGGCACGCCAAAUUAUGUUGCCCCGGAGGUGCUGAAGGAGCAGGGCUACGACGGUCUCAAGGCGGACAUCUGGAGCUGCGGUGUGGUGUUGUUUGUCAUGAUGGCCGGCUACUUACCGUUCGACGACGAGAACGUGAACGCGCUCUUUACGAAGAUCGAGCGCGGCGAGUUCCGCAUGGCGCGUCACUUUAGCGCCGACGCGCGCGACUUGAUUUCACGCAUGCUGACGGUCGACCCACAGGAGCGCAUCUCCUUAGACGACGUGAUCGCGCAUCCUUGGUUCUGCGUGGACUGGAACCCGGCGAUGCUGACACAGGGCGAGAGUCACUCCUCGCCAGACACGACGCAGAUCAGCGAUGCAAUUCGUAAUAUGUAA